CCGACACCGUGCUUGCGGGUCAACACACCACCAUCUCUCGAACUUCCAUCAUCAUCAUCAUCAUCAUCAUCAUCAUCACUCAUCAUCACUAUUCAUAAUCAUCAGUUUAUAAACAACUGUCAAAUCAAAUACGAGAAACAAAUCAAGCAUACUCAUGAACGACAGAAGAAAUGGCCCGGAUGCCCGCAAAGUCUAUUCCAGAUCGAACUCUGAUGAUUGUAAUGACGUCAACGACACUGUCUACCCUUUCUCGGCCAUCCGCCCACUACGAAGAAUUGAUAGUGACUCCACAGAAAGUGAACUUGAAGAUCAUUGCUAUCAUCGUCGGUCUGAAAAAGAACCGCCCUACUGGAUUCCGCACCAUAAGAAUGGUGGCAAGGGUGACAAUAGUGAAAACAAUUCUGAGAAAAAUGGAGACGAAUCUCUGAAGAGUAGCGAAAAUGGUUAUGGAGGGCCAAGCGAAGUCUGCGACUACAUCGCAGAAUUGGACUUCGAUGAUGAUAGGGCCUGUGUCGAUGACAAAAAUGAUGACAAAACUGACAAGAAAGACGCCGAUAAAAAAGUUGAAAAUGAAGUUGUUGGUGAGGUUGCGAACGAGGGUAACAACGACGGCGAAGACAACAAUGAAGUGCAAAGACACCCUUUCAUUCGUUUUUUGGAAAGAUCGAACUUUUUCAUCAGAAACGUAAUAAGCAUAACAUUUGAUUUACCCCCACCAACACCCCGCAAUUGAGAGUAAUAAAGACGAAAAUCUGGCUUUAUAAUACACACAUUUUUUCAGAUAUGUAUGGCAUUCACCGUUGCCACCACUACCUUAGCAGUAUAAAAACCCCGUAGUAUAAAAUUAAUAAUAUAAUAUAAAUAUUAAGAAAAUCGCACGUUUGACCUAUGCUUGUAUACCGUUUAACACGAUAAACACGUUUGUAGUGUACUGUUAUUUCCUGCACUUCCUUCCACUUUGCAACAUAUACACCUAAACUUAAUGAUCAUCUAUAUAUAAUGUAUGGAACUGAGUUAAAUAAUACUAAAUGCUAAAAUAAUUUUUAAAAAAAUAACUGAAAUAUUUACUGAAAUCAAAUUAGUAUAC